AUGGAUGAAGAAAUUGGAAAUUCGAUAAAUUCAAAAGAAAAUUCAGAUUUGGAAGAGAUCAAGAAUUCCCUAAAUUCACUCCACUCUUUCCUUCAGAAUCAACACCGAUCUGAUAUAGCCCAGAUCGAAGAAGAUGCCUUGUCUGAUACGGAAAAUCAAUUAGAAGAAGAGAUAAGCCAUUCAGACCCCUAUUCCAUAUUUAACGUUGAUAGUUUCACCCAAACCUAUGACAUUUCUGUGAAAUCACGCACAGGAAAGGAGAAGUUCAAUAUCAGACAAGCACUUACUGGGAACCGUAAAACAAAGUCAGAUUUUUACGGAAAAAUAAAUAUGGUUUACGUAAAGUUAAUAGAGAAAGCAGAUUCUUUGAGUGAACUUAUCCGAAAAUUAGAAAGUCAAGUAGCUGAAAUUGUGACUGCCAUUAAAAGAGAAACAGGACGCCUUCCCAGGAGAACUGAUUUAAAUCCGAGACGUCAAGUCAGUGCUGUACUGUUGCAUAGCGGAAAACAUCUCGCGACAAACACGAAGAACAACACCGAAAUUGGUAAUUAUGCCUAUGCUGAUGAAACAUGCAAGAGUGAUUCUCAGCCUAUACUUCUUGAUGACCCUCACCUAAAACCUUCUUGUGAAAACGAGAAGUCUACCGCUGAAAAUAAUAAGGAAAAGACUAUAGACUUAGAAAUAGAAGAAGAUUCGGAAAUUGAGGCCGAAAUCGAUCGGCAAACAAAGCGUGAUGAUGUUGUCGGAAGAAGUAAGUGCAAUAUUUCAAGGAGAACUUUAGCCAAGAGACUUGAUCCUGGUAGUUUCGUCCUGGAUUGCAAUAUACAAAACACGCGUUUUCCCCGAUCACUAUGUGAUCAUGGCUCUAGCGUAAAUCUUAUGCCUUACUCCAUCGCAGUGACCUUAGGAUAUGACGAGUUCAUGACAACUCCGAUAACCUUAGUUCUAGCUGAUCGAUCUAUCAGGGUACCUGAAGGAAUUCUCGAAGACGUACUCGUGAAAGUUAAUAACUGCUUCAUACCUACGGAUUUCGUCGUUUUAAAAUACAGACAAGAACCAAAAGACCCCCUCAUUCUGGGUCGACCGUUCCUAGCUACGGCUGGAGCGAUCAUAGAUGUGAAGGAAGGACGUAUAAAUUUGAACAUCGGGGACAUCUGA